UCAUGUGAUCCUUACUUCGGCUAGUGAUGGGCUCUUCCUGUCGACGAUGAUUUAAUUUGGGCCGAACGAUUCAUGGACCAAAUUCUAACCGAUUCUUUGGACGAUUCGAGUCGUUCGCUCAACUCGCCUUGCGGUGGUUCGUCCUCUCAAAUCUGAAGUCGAAACAAAACAAUACGAUCGAAACCCUAGCCAUCCGCAAUGGCGAACACGGGCGCUCUCAACAGAAGGAAGCGCAAGAGAAUCCGGAAAUCCAGCAGGAAGAGAUGGCAGAAGAAGAAUCCCGAAGAGGAGGAUCCGAUCCUCUUCGGCGGCGCUAUUGACGGGGAGGAGAACCGCCCCUCCUCCUCCUCCUCCCAUCACUCCGACGAGAUCCGAGAUGUCCUCGAGACUCGCACGAAGGACGAGCUCAUCGAGAUCCUGCUCGAUGCCGUCGCCUCCGACGUCGACCUCCUUGCGCGCGUCCGCGCCGCCGCCGACAGCGAUGUCGCACGCCGCAAGGUGUUCGUUCAUGGUCUCGGUCGGGACGCCACCCGAGAAGCGCUCCUCGAGGCCUUCCGCCUCUACGGCUCCGUCGAAGAAUGCAACCUCGUCAUCGACAAGGCCACUGGUCACGCCAAGGGCUACGGCUUCGUCCUCUUCCGAACAUGCGCCGGAGCCAUCAAGGCUCUCAAGCAGCCUCAGAAGAUGGUCGACCGCCGCCUCGUCUCCUGCCAAUUAACGGCCGCCAGGGCCGACUCCGCCGGCGACUUCAAUGAGAGGAAGAUGCACGCGAGCAACGUUCCGGCGGAUGCGAGCUCGGAAAACCUAAGGUCGUUCUUCUCGCAGUUCGGGGAGGUGGAGAGGGGGCCGUUGGGGUUCGACUCGCGCACGGGGAGGUCGAGGGGGUACGCCAUCUUCUCUUACAAGACGGUGGAGGGAGCUCGGAAGGCCCUCGAGGAGCCCUUCAAGAUGUUCGAGGGGCACCGACUGUACUGUGCGAAGGCCGUCGCUCCCUCGCAGAAAAAGAAGGCACCUGCCGCCGCCAUCACGACGUCCCCUGCAGCUUUGCUGGGGCCAGCCCCGCAGCCUGUGCUCGCGGCGGUGGCCGCGGCACAGAACCUUAUGAUUCAUCGGCAGAAUCCAGCUCACGCUCCAUUGCUGGCGCAUCACCCAGCUGCAAUACGGAACACGAUCUCCGGUGGAACGGGAUUACUCUCGCUGCCGGGGCAGGGACUUGGAUUGGGGUCGGCAAGUGAACCUCCUUCGAUCCUCGGACCCUAUGGGUCUCAGAGAGCUUCCGGUUUGUUGGAAUGAGAUAUUGAUAGAAGUUAGAAAAAAAAUACUUAAAUUAAA